AAAGAGAACAUCUUCGGCGAGGAUCAAUCGUUCACGGAUAUGGAGCGCUCGAAUGCAAAGGGAAAUACCCGCAGCAAUCCACUGGCGACGUCCGGCGGCGGGAAAUCUUCGUCGAAAGAUGAUCCCUCGAAAUCGCUGUCGGAAGCGAGCCCCAAUCAGGACGAAAAACCGAAGAGCUUCGAUUCGCGCCUGUACCGCCCGCUGGAGGUCAUCGUAAGCGUGACGAUACACGAUCUGCAGGCGCACGUAAUGAAGAACUGCAACGAAAAUGAUCCUCCCUGUCCGAUUGUGCUGAUCGAGCGGCUUGGGUUUGAGAUGAAGAAACGGUUCUACGAGACGGAACUGCAGGUGCUGGUUAGCCCUUCCUUCUUGAUUUCCUCAGACAAUGCCAUCCGGCCCGGAAAGGACAAACAUUUGCGACAGGGACAUUUGCUGCUUUCCGCGGUGCAAGUACGGGGCCAUGCAAUGUUCAGCAAUGAGGGUCGUCAGCUGGAUGAGGAAACGCUCGAGUAUGCCUGGCUGUUGGAGGUACAGCUAGGGAAGCUGUCGGGUAAAAUGACACUUUCGCAGCUGUGUAAUGUUGUCACGGGGCUGGAAACGUUGGCCUUCUUAACAAUCGAUUCGGGAAAUGAGCUCAAAUCACCCAAAACAGUCCGCUACUGUCACCACGGUGUACCAUCGAAUGCGUGUCCGCACACGAAGGAGGACGCCAAGUAUCGCUGCCCAUCGACAGAGGACAUCAAGUACCGGAUGACACGGGUAGCCGUGGAUGCGAUCGAUGUGUAUCUAAUCGAAGCUGGAACCGCAAUGCACACCUGGGUAUCACCGAUACGACUGGCGACAUGCAAUCUACACGGCCAACAGGUGAAAUCUGGUGUCACGGGACUUAUUCCCACGAUUCUGCUUCGACAGUUUGUUUCCACUGGCGGUCACUACAAUCAGUAUAGUAGCGGGAACUCCCAUAGCAACACCAACACCACCGGUAGUAGCCGGUCAGCCAAGCUGCACCAUCAGAAUUCGACGAAACAUGCGACGGUCGAUGAGAGUCCAAUGCCGACGAUGGUAUCGUCCGUUGGUUCGGCCUCCUCGGCUGGCCUGAAAUCUAACAGGCGUGAAAACAUCUCGGCAGAUGCAUUGGCAUCGUCGUAUACGCAGCACAGAAAAGACUCGAAAGAUCACAGCAAAGAGGAUCCGUACGGGUCCAUAUCAAGUAGGAAGGGUCGGGAUCGUGAAGAUUCCACUGGAGGAGGAGGGGCAGGAGGAUCAUAUUAUCGGCGCGAUAAGGACGAUCCAUACGCGUCGCUGCAUUCAGCCCGGAAUAGUGGUCGUGAGAUGGACACAUCGAACGAACCGUGGCUUGAGGUCGGCUGCGUUUCGCUGGGACCAAUCAUAAUCGAGGCCGCGUCAGCGCUACCCAUCCCGGAGCAUUGCCUACACUUGGUGCAGCAUAGCUAUCUGAAGGUGCACGACGAAAAGAACAAGAAACUGUGGUUCCUCUGGUCGACCGCCACUGAUCCGGUGCGGUGCGGGUGCGUCGGUGGUUGUGCGUUCUUCGGUACCAACCGUAAUGGGCCCCGGUUCUUCAAACCAUCGGCCCAGGACAUCCAGGAGUUUAUCAACAUCGCUCGCUACCAUAUCCAUCCGAAUGGGCGCGAGUACGGGUUCGGGCAGAGCCUGCUGCAUGAAGGGCAGCUCGUGUUCCACACGCCACCCUACAGUUUACAGCCGGUGUCGCUGCAGGAAUGCUAUGAAUACAUCGGUAAACCGAAUCUACAUCGUGCUACUGCGGGCCAGCGUCAUCCACCGGCUCACGGUGGCUGUCCACCGUCAGCCUGUUGUGGUAUGCUGGUCACUGACAGUAAGUCACCGCAUUUGUCACAAAAGCACGACGCCCAAAAGUUGGCCGGAUCUUCGUCGGCGGAUAUUUCCCCAAACAGUACCCUGCACAAAAGUGCUGGUAGCAGCGGUCCAGCGGGAUUGGUCAGUGCGAUCAAUUAUGGUGUAACUGGUGGACCGGCUGGACCGGGACCCGGGGAGCGGUCCGGAAAAUCAUCACUCGAACGAGUAAAGGAAAAGGAUGCAGGCUCCCCACAUGGUUCGGCGGAACGGGUUCGUGGUCGUCGCUUCUCCUACACAAGUGGCAGACAAGGUACAAUCACGCACGAUGUUCCCUACUCCCGGCUGCUGGAUUCGAGUCCGAAAACAUUGGGAACCACCAACAGCUCCAAGGUACCGACGCCGACGCCAGGAGGCCGCAUCGAGUCCGAGUCACGGUUAUUUCCUUCGAAAGGAUUUAAGGUGCCCAAAGCAUGCAAUUUGUCUGCGUCGGAUUCGCGACUGAUGGCAAAAUAUUUGCAGGGUGAUAUGUUGGACGUGGCUUCCGGUGGUGGUGGGAUGGUACCGGUGAUCACUGACGAUCCACACGGUGCACACCACACGCUCUCCUAUCAUCUCCAGCAGCAGCAGCAGCAGCAGCAGCAGCAGCAGUAUGGGGGAGUAC